AUGAAAGAGUUGCUUCUGAUCAUUUUGCACAACGCCGUUGUCGUCCUUGUUUUUAGUGAGUUUUUUUUUGAAGUUCUGAUAGGACGCGUUGCGGUCGCGUCGCGGUUCUAGUGAGAGCAUGAAAAAGGAAUUUUUCUUCCUUUUUUGUCGCUGAUUUUUCCAUAACAACGUUCCAAAACGAAAAAAAAACUUUCAAUUAAUUUCGUAGCUAAAUAUAUCACACUAUAAAUAGAUUUCUAGAAAUAAUUCUUAGACUCUUUUUCGCAAUAUCUUCCUAGCUACCUGCCUAAAUACCUGUGAGAAUUCCUAGUGACCACUAUAGAGGUUGUCUAUUUAGUGGCCACUUCAGUAGUCCUUCCAGUAACUCUGAUAAUUUUAAAACGAACAGAUUGGACCAGUUAUGUUGAUCCAUUGACCCCUAAAGUGGCCACUAAAAUUUUUCAGUGGUCUAGAUCUCUAUAGUGGCCACUAAUUUUUAACCCCUUGAGUGGCCAUUAGUUUGACUACUAUAGUGGCCACUUCCCAGACGUGCCAGUAGUGAAUUAACAAUACGUCACUCCAGAUUACGUUUCAGUUGUCUGCGCCAAGAAACGGCCGAACAAUUCGACGCCGACCGAAGCACAAUCAACGAACAAGCAAACUUCAGAAGGCCUGAAGCCCUUUUCGACGACGCCGACGGCAUCCAGAAAUGUAUCCCCGGCUGUGUGUCAACCUAGUACACCCCAGGCUGCGCGGAAUCCUUUCGGCAGGUCCUUCCGGAAGGAGAAGAAAGAGGACACUAGCAUCUUGACGGCGCAGACACAUGUAAGUUCAACGAGAAAAAGAUGUGACAGGCAGCGAAAUCUGAGACACUUACUUUUUUCAACUUUGAGCUCUCUAGACUCAUUUCACAAAGCUACUCGGCAAUUUUCAAGCUCAGAUUCACUAGAAUAAGCGUAAAUUACUACAAUUGAUGACCCCACUCACGGCGUUUUUUUUUAUUACCCAAGUUCAAGACCUCUCGUAAAUUAUGAUGCUUAGGGUGUAAGCACACCGAGACGCACUAUCGCAUACUCGAAAUUGUUUUUUUCAAUUUUAGAAUUUGCAAUUUUAGGAUAAUAACUCCUUGUAAUUGAGAUCUUUUUCUAAUCAGUAAUAAGAAAAAGAAGUUGGCUUUUCCAGAAAAAGCUCGAUCCUCACCAGAGGUCUCGUCAGAGGCAAGUUAAGCAGAGUAGCUGUGGGGUCAAAGGCAGCUUCGACGUCACUCAAAGGAAUACCGAGGAAACGCCUAUGGAGCCUUCGCAUGUGGUUGGUUGACUUUUUUCCCUGCUCUCCCAUGAAAUCUCUUCUCAGAAUAACAAAAAAAAGACGAGGACUGCAUCGAAAAAACAGCCGGAUUCAAAUCCGUAAGUUUUGUUGUGGCUUGACUACAUUAUAUGUUAUGUUAGCAAUAAAAACGCAAUGGAAGACGACGAAGACGACGACACGAUGAAGUUUGUUAAGAGCAUCGAUGAUUGACGUCCCCAUCUUAUUCUGAAGCAGCCGGUUCUAAUUUGAAUUUCGUUCUUUUUUCUCACUUUUGCCUUCAACACAUGCUUUUUUCAUAAAUGAGCUCAGUGACUUUUGAUUUUCUGAUAUAGCUGAUUCACUUGAGCCAGCGGUAAAUGGGUCCUGGAACGAUUCAACGAGAUAGUGCUUGGAUGGUGGAGAGCGCAGACAGGCCACGUCUUUUUUGCGUCCCAAGUGAAUCGGCUAUAUACUCCCUUCCAUUGGAGGUUCCCAUGAGGUUGGGCCAAGAAAAGCUGAACUCGGGACUUUCUCAAAAUCGGCAGCGCCUUAGAAUUAGAGGGCUUCAAAAAGGAAAACUUGCGUUUUUUUUUUCUAACCUUGGCAGUUGUCUAUAUCCGACUGAAUCAGAAAUUAAAAAAAUAUCAGAAAAACUCCAAAAAUUCCUUUUUUUCAGUUUUAAAUUCAACUUUUUUUCAAAUUAGUACCUAUUUACACUGAAACUUUAAAAAUUCUACCUAGACCAAAAAAAAACUCGAAGAAACCCAGUAUUUGAGCGAAUUAUUACGUUUUACAAAUAUGAAUUCCCCUUCAUUGCGCUCCCUCCUUUUGUUUGCUCCGAGUAUGACCCACCAUCCGAAUCGAUUUGAUCAUCAGCACACCAUUUUUGGCCUGAAAAGGGUUUUUGUAGUGUUUCUACUUGCUCUGAAUAAGGAUGCUCUUUUUAAUUGGCUGAAAUUGCUUCUAAAUUGGUUCAAUUUGUAAAUUCUAACUUGAAAAUUUUUUUGAAGAGUCUUUUCAGUUAUAAUUCAUGAAAUCCAGGUUAAAAAAAGGUUUGUCUCCAAUAUAAAAGACAACAGAAUGUACCUUCUUUCAUGGUUUUUCCUUUGAAAAAUUCUCUCACUUUCCUUUUAAUUCAUUUUCAAUUCGAAAAACUUGAAGAACCACUUAAAAAUAACUGGUCUUCGACAUUUUUUUUGCUCGCUUUUUACCUCGGAUGUUCGCCUGUUUGCAAACGUUCCGCCAUCGGGUGACGAAUGGCUCUGUCAAAUGUUAUCACUUUUUGUUUUUUUCGUUUAAAAAGAGGUUCAUUUCGCAGUUAAAAUUUGUCUUCUAGAUGUAAGAAAUUGAUUUAAAAAAAGUCGUAUAACGAAAAAUUUUUCCUGCUUUUUUUACGGUAUUUUAAAAUUGUGCAUUCAUCAACUUGCACCGAAUGCAUUUUAACUUUCGCGCAAGUUUAAUAAUUUUCCUUUUAUUUUAUUUUUUACGAAUUAUAUUUUUAUUACUUUGCUUUUUUGAACUCCCACCGGCCACGCAUGCCUCACUUUUUGGUCACACUCUCGUUGGAAAAAGAAAACUUUUGUCCCUUGUGUUCGACGUUCGCCGAUAGGUAGAUUACACUCUUAUGUAUUAUCUUUGGUUCCCCUUUUGCAGUUUUUUGUUCGCAUGUUUCACAUGAUAAGAGAUUAUUGUAUGUGACAUGCGGUAGGAUGGUAGUCGAAAGGUUUUGUUCUGAAAGUUCAAAAAGAAGUUAGGCAGAAGGUUGAUAUCACUCAAAUAAAAACUGAGAAAAGCUUUUCGCUUCGAAAUAUCCAAAAAUUUUCUCUGCACGUCUUUAAACGCUCCAGGAAGUAGUUUUUUGAAAAGGCUUUUUCAAAGUAGUUUCUCGGAAAGGGAUGAGUUCAAAUUUAUUUUUGUUUCCGCUUUAUUAACUGUCUUCAAACUUGAUAAUGAGUUUAUUUUUUCAAAAAGUAACCUAUAACUGUACCAAAUCUUACUCUUUGUUCACGAAACUAGGUUUUACAAUAAAAUUGGCGAAGAUUUAUUGCGCGCGCGCGUUGUUCCGCCGAACCGGCGGCCGACGACGACGAAAAAGACAAAUUUUUACAUGACAGACGUCUCUUUCUCUCUCUGAAGGGAUCCGUUGCUUUCCAUUUCCAUCUUUUUCGGUGAUUUUUGAUUUGGUUUUUGGUUAUCAUUGGAUUGUUUUCGAGUCUAGCUCUUCCGCUUGUUUUUGAGCUUUGUUGAGGAUUCUUUUUUUUUUGAAUUUUUUCUUUUUAAUAAAUCUUUUUUUGAUAUCCUAUUGGUUUGUAUUGGUAAUAAUGUUAAUUGGGCCGAAUGGUAUCGGUUUUUUUUUCUAAUUUUUCAAUUGAAUUAUAUUAUUCCAUACUUUAAAUUUUAAUGUGGAGUCUGGAGGCCGUAUGCAUGAACUUUUACGGCCCGUAAACGGAUAUACGGCCAGAAAAAAUGGAACUUUCCUGCGAAUAGCCGGCUGCUGAGUAAGAGCAGAAAUCUCACAAUUGUAAUCUCUUUUUUUACAUUUUUCAAAAUUUCAUGCAAACGGCCUCUGGUUUCUCUUCUAAUUAGAUUUUUAAAUGGUUUUUUUUAAAUAAAUUUUUCUUGCUUGAAACUCAAAAAAACUGAUUUUUUUAGAACAUCCGUAGUUUGAUCAAAAUUUUCCCGAAAUAGUUUCAAAGAUUUUAGUUUUUUAAAUCUAGAACGUUUCAGUUAUGAAAUCUGUAAUUCUUGAGUUGUUAUGGGUUGGAGUUGAACUACUUUUUUUAAAUUUGAAUGGCAAAAAAAUUAUUAAAAGCGUAAAAAAACUUUCCCUUUUUACGAAGUUUGAAGGUCAAGUUAGUAUUUAAUGAUAAAAAAUCAAAAUUAUUGCCGAUCAAAAAGCUCAAAGGCCUUACGGAGGACAAACGCGUUUGAAAAAUGUAUCUCUCUUUUUUCAAAAUGGUUUAUUAUGAUCUUUUUUCAAAAUAAUCCAUGUAAAUUCAGCUCUAUUGAUGAUAAAGAAAAGAAAAGUGGGAUUAGGUUCUUCUUGAAAAUAAGCUGAACAUGUGGUUUUUUUGCGAUAAUUUCUUCGGAACUCUCUUUCUUUCGCUCGCUGUAAGCCACGUGCUGUCUCACUCCCGUUCAGUUUUUUUUUUCAACGCAAAAGCUGGUUUUUUCGCACCCGCAGUGAAACAUUGAUUUUUUACCAAGAGUUUCUCAUGAUUUUCGACUUUUAUAUCAGAAAUUCCGAUCUCAACGAGGUCAUCUAUCAUUCGUGUGUGACUUUUGUUGCGUUGAGUGUAAAGUGCGUGUGAUUCGCAGUCUUUUUCAAAUUCUUUUCAUUUUUUUGAAGAAGUAAAUGUUGAUUUUCUUUGUAAAUAUCGAUGUUGAAAUUAGAAAUUAUCGUUUUUUCAGCUCUUGGCUAUUUUCCGGGGGAUUUUUGAAUCUUUUAUGAUUUUUUUUAUGAUGGAAAUUCACUUUAUAUUUAGGUUUUUUCUUAAAAAAUAGGGCCAAUCUUGUAAUUUUUUCAAAACUUAUAGAUCAAUACCAAUAAUUUCUAUUUUUAAAGCUACUAUUUUCAAUUUCUAUAUAAUAUUUCCAGUCGGAAACGCUGAAUUUUUUGCUUUCUACGCUAACGAUCUAUUGAAAAAUUGAUAAGAAUGGUAUAAAUAUCACCUUAAGCCAUAAAAAUGCAGUUUUUCCUUCAUAAUUUGGCUUUUCCGUGAUAGUUUAAAAUCUUAAAAACUCUCUCCUUGAAUUUGAUUUAUGACGCCGCUUUUUCGAAUGUCAACUAUGAAUAUUUGGUAAAACUCUGAUUUUUUUUUAAUCGAAAAUCCCGGAUAAAAUUCUGAUUUUCCCGAUUUUUCGGUGACUAUGUCUCCAUUUUCGGCUUCCCAACCGUCAACCUUGAUAUUCCAACCAUUCUCAAUGAAAUAUAAGCGACACCCUGUCAAAAGCCGAAAAGAAAAAGACACGUGGUCUUUUUUCUCCUUUUGUUCCGCAGUCGCAAUUCAUUUCGCUGUCAAUUUCGAGGGUGACGACGAUUUUUGCCCCUUCUCCAAUAGAUGUAAGCUCCCUCUUAUCACCACUUUUUUCCGCUUUUUAAUGCGCCAGUUGCAAAACUUUUGACAUGGUUCCGGGCUUUCAAGACGCGUUUCUAGACACUUGGAGGAGACUUUUUGGGCGAUUUUUCGCUUUUUCGGUCCAUUUUUUAAUUGGUUUUUGAUCCAGUGGUUCAAAUUUUUGAAACUUAUGCCGUGUUCAAAGUGAUUUCGCGAAAUCCAAAAUUGCCGCUAGAGAAAGAAAAAUAUAACUAAAUUUUGGAGAGUCAGAGAUCAUUUUGCAUUUUGCGGAAAUUACUUUGAACACGGCAUUAUGAGGGGAAGAUUUUUGAGAUAGUUCUCGUUCGAAAUUUGAAAGUUUUCCGGAAUAUUUCAUUGACCCAAGUUUUUGAGAUUUGAACUUUUUUUGAAAACAUUGAAGGUUUUUAAGGUCACGCGAUUUUUUUCUAUUCGUUUUUUUCAUGAAAAAUUUUAAAAUUUUUUUCGUUUAGAUUUAUUUUAUACCGAUUUUUUUGAAUAACGGAGCUUUUUUUAAAUUUUGAAGAUGUUCAGAAAAUGGUUUUUGAUCGCCUUUUUGAAGUGUCUCGUAGAUUUAUGGUUUUUCGAAGAAAAAAAUAUUUUUUUCUUUUUUUGAAACUCUUUCUAUAAAUCCAACUUUGUUUUUCAUAAUUUAUUCAUUUUGAAAGAUGUUCAUUUUCUCAGUUCUUCUCAAUCAUUUGAUGAGGAGUAUAGCCCAAUUUUUCCAUAAAAAAAUCGGAAAUUUUUUUUUUCACUGGUUUUAACUACUUUAAGUUUAGAGAAGUAUCAUUUUUCGUCGUUUAUGUCUUUGUAUUCUUUAUCUUCGUUUCCUCAAGUUCCAGAGUUUUACGAGCUUCCCAGAAGUUAUUUCUCUAGUAUUUCUCUAGUAUAGUUUAGUCAGUGGGAAUUUUUUGGAAUUUGGUAUCCUUUUAGACGAAAAAAGAAACUUUCUUUUUAAAAGUAUAGCUGAGCUUAUUUUUUUAAAGUUGAGCUUAUUUGGUUUUUUCCGAUUCGUCUGAUUUUUUUCAUUAUUUAAUAAUAUUUUUUUGAAGUUAUUGAAAAUUUUGGUUGUAUGAGUAGUUGAAAAAGUUAUUUUGGCUAUCAUAGAGCAUUUUUAAAAAAACCGGUCAAUUAUCGGUGAAUUUUUGAUAAUUAUAUUAAAAAUUUUUGAACGUGAAGCUUAUUUUUUUCAAUAACAGGACAAGGCUUGAAAAGCAACUAGCAAUGAGAUUUUUGAGGAUAAUCCUUUGAUGUCGCCAAUUUUCUACAGCUUUCCAUAUGUUGAAUAACGGGCUUGAGGAUAAGAAAGAUUUAUUGAAGGGAAGAAUGAUAAGAUCUUAAAGGAGAAGCGGACUCUGUUUCGAAAUUGGAAGGACGUACUUUUUUCGUUUCAUCGCGUUAUUGCCUUUUUUAAAACAAAUUUCUUGUUUUUUGAAUGGGUCUGUAAGGAUUGACACAGUCUCAAGGUGAAAAGCCAUCUUCAGUGUGAUUUUAAGUCAUUUUUUGUCUCUGAAACGUGUUUAAAGUAAUUCCGCAGGAUCCAUACCAGCCGUCAGAGAAAUAAAAAGAUAGCUAAAUUUUGGAGAACUUUGCGGAAAUCACUUUGAACAAGGCAUUGGAACUUUGACAUUGAUAUUCUAUUGAAAAAUAUAAUUUUGAUCAUUUUCUGUUCAUUGGAUAUUUCCACAUUUUACGAAGUGUUAUCGAUUCGAAAUGAGUAACAUGAAAUAAAUAAAGAAUUGAACGUUUUCCCCCAGAUGAAGCAACUCGUGUUCAUGUUCGCGGUCUCCGUGGCCCUGCGACUGGAGUAUCUGUUCGCGGCGGCGGUCGUCGCGCACAAGCAACGCGACUGGUCCAACAACAAACGGCGGCUUUUCACCGUUCGCGUCGUUUCCUUCACUCAUGCCUUGAUUUCGGCCUUGGGUUGUCUUACUAGGUGGGGCCAUCUUAUAUUGUAGUCAGAAAUCAUAAAAGUUCAUGCAAUCUGUUAUAGUCUGUGUGCCACGACUAGAAAUUUCACCGAACGACAUUCCGCUGUUCCGCUGCAUGCGUUCGCGAAGCGUCUUUCGAAUCUAGGUCACGCUUUCAAUUGAUUGUUAUUGCUGUGGGAGCACAUGAAAGUAGAGUACCUUAAAAAAAAACAAAAAAAUUAAAAGCGUGACCAAGGUGCGCAAAGGCGCGCAGCGGCACAGCGGAGUGUCGUUUGGUGAAAUUUCAAGUCGUGAUACACAGACUAUAUCUAGCGAGUUUUUUUUUCGAGUUGUACCUUUGAAUUUUUUUUACGAACACCAAUCAGUAUCAACCAUAUAUGUUCGUCUUUAAUUGGUUGCGUGUAUUUUUCUUUUUUUUUCUUCGAAUUAACUUUUGCGUUUGACAAGGACAAAUUUCAUGAAAAGAAAAAAAAACAGAAUCGUUCCAGAUUAUGGUCCAAGUCUAGGUUUACGAAAAUUCGCAAAAAGUGAGCAGUUUCUAAAAAAAAAGAGCAGCUAUUGGUUCUUUUAUUCCGUUUUUUGAUUUAUAUUUCUUGCUUUAGGGACGACUUUAGGGGAUUUUUAGGUGCUGCCAAAAUUAAUGACGUUAAAAGUUAUAAUUUUUCAAUUUUUCAAAAGUUUGUAUAAAACUUUCUAAAAAAAUAAUUUUUAAUUCAAUUUCUAUUCAGUCUUUAGAGUAAGGUGUAGAAAAAUCUCUGCUGAAUCGUGGUAUAAAAAAAGUUCUUAAAAAUAUUAUUUUUUUGCGAGUUUAUUUCUUUUUCUACCAUAUUUUUUUAAUUUGAAGAACUUUCUGACACUUUUUUUCGAAAAAAAUAUGUCGAACGGUUUUUAUCACUUGAUGUAAGCUUCUGAGAGUUCUUAUCGGAAACUCAUACAUUUUUACGAUCAUGAAAGUUAAAUUGACUUUUCUUUUAAUAGAAACAGACCAAAAAUCCUUUUUUUUCGUCUCAAAAUCUUCGAUUUUUUUCAGUCUUUUACUGGAUUUCAACUACGUUCGGGAACCGUACGAUUAUCACACCAAAUCGGCCCAAUAUGUAUUUUUAUUCUCGAUGGGUGAGUAUCAUAAAGAUUUCAUGCUUAAAAAUUGAUUUUUUCAGGUUAUUUCAUCUACGACCUUGUUGAUAUGUAUAUUCACGAUGAGGCGAAAAGCUCAAAGGAAUAUUUGAUCCACCAUUCUUUGGUACUGGUUCUUUUGAACAUUUCAAAAAUUUUUAAACAUUUUUCCAGGUUAUUGUAGCUUUUUCGAUUAUUUUGACGAGCGGAAAGUUGUUCGGCCUAGCGAUGAUUGGACUGCUUGUUGAGGUUUGUUAGGAGAGCUUGAAAAAAAAAAACGGCAUUUUUCCAGGUACAAACAAUCUUCCUACACCUGAGAACGAUGAUUAGACUAGCCUACGGAUCGAAAAAGCAGUCGCCGGCGAUUGAUUUAUUAAUUAAUGCCAAUAUGACUUGCCUUUUCUUGUUCAGGUUAAUGGGGUUACUGUAGCACUACUUUGGCUGUGUUUUUGUAGAUAAUUUGAUUUUUUUUUGUUGAUAGAUGGCUUGGGUCAGCCUGUAACUUGAAGCUUUUCGUAAAGCUGAUUCACGGCUGGCUUGAGCCACCGAAAAAAUGGUCCUGACACGAUAAUGCGCAGACAGGACACGCCCCCUUAGCGUCCCAAGCUGGCCGUGAAUCAGCUAUAACCAAAAUUCAACUUUUUAUCUAUUAGUUGUAUAAAUUUGGCUUGAUUUUGGUAGCUACUUCUUUAAAAAUAUUUUUUGAGACGUUUCACAAAUUUCCAUUUUUUUUUUCCAGACAUCUUCCUGUCUGCUACUUGCUUUCCUUCUUAUUGUUCCAAGAUGAUAAGGUUUGAAGUUAAUUUGGAAGAUUUCCUAUUAAUCUCCGCUCAUUUCAGGUCCCGUUUUUGUUGAAAACGUUCCUCGUCGGAGGAUUAACCUUCCUGGAAUACCAUAAUACGCAUUUGACCGUGAGUUUUGGGGUGUAUAACUAAUUUUUUUUGCGAUAUUAUCUUUUUCCUGUUCUCUUAGUUAUUCUUGAAAGAGCUGUUCUGAUUAUAAACUCUAGAGGGGCUACUUGAGCAGGAAACCAAGGGAUGAUUUUUUAGGGUCUUUUCUCAGGUACCUUCCCUAGGAAUCAGUCGAUUUUUUGAAGUUUUGAGCUAUAUUAUUGCGUCGUAACUGCACUAAAUUUUAUUGCAAGUCCAAAAAAAGUUUCAAAAAAACCAGUUGUUAUGUGAUUAAUUUAGGCAUUCAUGAAUUAUGGACCAACCCAUUUCAAAAAAAAAAUUUUUUUACAAAUAAAAAUUUUAAUAAAACAGCAAGAUUUUCCAGGUCGCGAUGGCCAAAGCGGACGGAUUUUUCGGAAACGAACGACAAAUCCUCGACGAAGACAGCUGCGAUCCCCUCGGAUCCCUCAAAAAAGAAAAGGCUCAAUAA